CCGUGCUGUGGGCGGCAGCAACGGCAUCUGACCGCCGGCCCAGCUUUCGCUUUGGGCGCGGUGGCAGGGAUUUUGAGAGAGGAGGAAGAAGGCGACUGGCGGGAAAGGGCGGGGAUUUUGAGAGAGGAGGAAGAAGGCGACUGGCGGGAAAGGGCGGGGAUUUUGAGAGAGGAGGAAGAAGGCGACUGGCGGGAAAGGACUCGUCGGCGAUAGGGAUGUCGUACAGGGAAGAGAGACGGACGAGUUGAGGGAGGAGAAGAGGAGGGUGGGUUUCGAUCGAAGGAAGAAAGGGGGAGGAUGUGGCAGCCUCGGAGAACGGACGGCUUACAUAGAUAGAGAGAGAGCAGAGAGAGAAGAGGAGAGAAGGACGACGCUGGGCAUCGCCUGGCGUUAUUGUGGUAUCCGGAGGAGGUAGGGAGGAUAGAGGGCGAGGCCGACGCGGGCAGAGAAGACCAUGCUUGGGAGCGUCGGGCAGAGGAAGACAGUUGUGCGGAGAUGAGCGCAAGAGCGCGAGAGCGGUCGAGCCGUCGAUCGGAGGAGAGAACAGCGCUUGGAGAGGCGGUGUGACUCGAUCGACGGCCACUCCUCUCUGACGAGCUAUCCUUGCACCAGUGUUACGUUGGGAGCCAUUCCACUCUCUCUGCACAGCAUCUUUCUGUAAUAGGCUGAUUGCACCGAGUUGCCUGCAUUGCAGUGCAUUGAUUGAUUGGUUGAUUGGUUGAUUAGGUUGAUUGGUUGAUUGGUUGAUUGGUUGAUGAGGUUGAUUGGUUGAUUGCCGGGCGAGCGGUCAGUCUACCUAUGAAUGCGCGGAAUAACAUCCCACUGAUGAGCGGCGGCCAUCUCGGCAGCCGGAGGGGGCCCUCUCUCUCUCUCUCUCUCCCUCUCUCUCUCUCUCUCUCUCUUUUCUCCUUUUUGUCUGAUCUAAUCUUGUCUUCUCUAUACCCUCUCUGUUAGAUUCCGUUGAUUGUUUCUUUUGCACUUGUUUUCGGUGGAGGUCUAUAUUUGGGCGGUCAUCAUCUCGGCCGGGGGUUUCACACCCUGUAGCAUCCUGGGCGUUAUUUUGGCGGUGUCCUUACUUUGGCGGUUUUUUUUCCUAAUUUGGCGGGGGUUUCCAAUUCGGCGGGUUUUUUGAAAAUUUGGCGGGGUUUUUCAAAUUUGGCGGGGUUUUACAAAUUUGGCGUUUUUUUGUUGGGUGAGCGACGGCUCUUUCGGUCAAAACGGAUUACUCUAUACGAUUCCGAUCCAGUUCUCAACUGGAUCUUUACGGUCAGCCUCCUGUAGUACAGGACACUGGGGGAGUAGAGGAGGUACUCCUCACACCGGAGGUCAAGAUGAAGAGGAUAAGGCAAGAAACCACAGGGGAGAAGGUAUACAGAUACCGAGGCGUGAUUUUCGUUAUCGCCGUUCCCUUCGCCCUCAUCUGUAUCGUCCUUGGCUUGAUGCCUCGCUUCUCCGACCCUAACUCUCCUCUAACCGCGCCUGUUAGACGUUAUGACCCCGAGAAUGCUGAGGGAGAGCGGUACGCCGUCGUCUUCGACGCUGGAAGUACCGGUAGCCGCGUCCACGUGUUUCGUUUCAACAGCAUGAUGGAUCUCGUGCAGAUCAGUGGCCAAAUCGAGAUUUUCGAACAGAGAAAACCGGGAUUGAGUUCAUUCCACGAUAACCCACAGGCAGGAGCCGAGUCACUGCGUCCUCUAUUCGACGUAGCGAAAGCCGCAGUUCCCGAGGAGUUGCAACCGUCCACUCCGCUCUUCAUUGGGGCCACUGCUGGGCUACGAAUGCUGCCAGGAGAUGAGGCUGAGAAUCUUUUGACUGAGGUCAGAAAGCUGGCACAUGAGUACAGCUUCAGUUUCAAGGAUGAGGAUUGCAAGAUAAUUGAUGGAACAGACGAGGGUGUAUAUAUUUGGGUCACUGUCAAUUCUCUUCUUGGGAAUCUCGGCAAAAGUUACGACGAGACGGCCGGCGUUGUUGAUCUGGGGGGCGGGUCUGUUCAGAUGACCUAUGCCGUGUCGGAUGAGGUGGCUGCUAAAGCACCUGAGGGGUUCAUUCGCAGCUUGAAUCUGAGGGGACAUGCUUAUCAUGUGUAUGUUCACAGCUACCUUAGCUAUGGUUUGAUGGCAGCAAGGGCAGAAGUUCUGAAAGCGGGCCGGGUCGCCAGUUCGUGCAUUUCAGAGGGAUUCAGAGGUAACUAUACUUAUAAUAACAAGGUAUAUCCGGCAUUUUCUGAAGAAAAUGGAAGCGAUGUGCGGAAGUGCACUCGUAUAGCUACUCAGGCAUUGCGUACAGAGGUAGCCUGUGAUUACGACAAGUGCACGUUUGGCGGGGUCUGGGCAGGCGCCUCGUCAGCGGGCGGGCCAAAGAUUCUUUACCUGGCUUCGUACUUUUGGGACCGGGCAAGACAACUUGGCAUCAUCACGGAUAUGGAUGCGAAGCAGGUGGAUUUGAAACUGAAUCAAUUCUCAAGAGCGUCCAGGGAAGUGUGCGACACUCCGUUUGCUGAAAUGGGAACGAAAUUCCCUAACACUGAACCAAAGGACCGACCGUUCCUCUGCCUUGACAUCUGCUUCUGUGUUUCCCUUUUAAGAGAAGGCUUUGGUUUGCCCGAGGGCAAGGAUGUGACCGUCAUCAAACAGAUAGAGUAUGAAGGGAAAGAUGUAGAGGUCGCUUGGUCGCUUGGAGCCGCCAUUGAAGCCCUGGGAGCGAAGAGGUAGAGUAGUCCCGUUUUCCCAAGGGGACAUGGAAGGAUGAAUGAAGUGUUGAUUUUCACCUUGGCUACAAAAGCCAGGCUGGCAAACCAGUGAAAAAGUGGUCGGGGAGGGGGGGUGGAGAAGGGGGGGUCGUUUGACGUGGUGUUUGGCUUUGGGUUCUGUCACAGUGGUGCUGCCCUGCUGCGAGGGUACCUCCCUUUCGGUUUAAUUCUUGUUUGUAUGCCUCAGAGUGGUCAGUGUUCGUGUCUCUGUGCCUCUGCGUCAUAGCACCUGGUCAGAAUCAUGACGUCUGUCAGUACUUACGCGUUAUAGGACUAAAUCCAUUGACGAGAAGAGGGGUAUUAGACCCGUAGGACCGCGCUCCUGAUUGCCUUGGAGCGAUGCUUAGGAGGUUACUAUGUGAUGGUUGUAGAUGGUUGUGGUGCUGUGUCGAUUCAUCUCGAAUAAGUUAUGGUGCCCGUUUCUUCCGGCCAGGUUUACGUGCUUGAUGCGCUGCCCGGAGAGGACGUUGGCUGUCGGCAAGAGCUCUUUGAUUUUUUCAGCUUUUUCUAAGCUGUUUGUAUACUCAACGCUGCAAGCUUUAUGUUCUUUCCCGUUCAGAGGCAACUCUACCUACCGCCUCUUCAAGAGUGUCAAAACAAAAAUGAAUGAAGUUUUAAUUUAAUG